GCUCCUCAUCAAAUCCCAAAACAACUUCUCUCAAUACAAAAUAUACAUUCAUUAGCUCGUAUAAUUCAUCAAGUUAUCAAUGGCCUCAACCAAAUCCUUCAUCGCAGCUUUACUUGUUGUUGUUACAAUGUCAAGCAUGUGCCUAGAAGCUCGCCAUCUUUUGCAAACAACCACACAACCAAAUUUGCCUAACAUUCCAACUUUACCAAAACCAACAACAUUGCCACCAUUACCUUCGAUUCCAACAUUGCCUCAAGCAAGUCUUCCACCAUUGCCUACUAACAUUCCAUCUCUUCCUAAGCUUACUAUGCCACCACUUCCAAGCUUUCCUACAAAUAUUCCAACUAUUCCAUCUCUCAACAUUCCACCAUUGCCAGCAGUAACUUCACUUCCCAAUAUCCCCACCUCAAUCCCAACCACUUUCCCUUCCAUUCCAUCUCUUUCCCCACCACCUUCUUCAACCUCUAGCCCUUAAAUACAUCUUUACAAGUUGCAUUAUGUGUUGAUCAGCUGAAUGCAUGCAAUAGACAUUGCAUCAUUUCUUUAUUGUGUGUGAUUAAAUUGUUUGAGGUUGUAAUGGUAUUGCUAUAUUUAUUGGACUGUAUGGUGUAAGAAAGUCUUUGUAUAUUUUCUUUCUUUCUACUUA